AUGUCUGAAGGUAAUAUUCAUUCAGCACCUUGUACGAUUAAUAGUAAUGAAGGCUUGGUUUGGGGUGCUGCAGCUGCUGGAAGAAGUAACGGAACAAGUGGUGUAUUGGUAUAUAAAAUUAAAGAACAAAAAAAGUCGUUAGAUUAUCUGUGGAACGUUCCUUACGAACGAAAAAACUCUCUGAAUUCUUGGAGCUGCGAAUUUAUGCUG